GGAGUGAUCUCCUCCAACUCCGCGACUCCUGCACAACAUGAUGGACAUACCAAAGACAACAAAACGGGAAGAAGGUUUAUGGGUCUGAUCUAAGCCCCUUCCUCCUCAUCUCUGUAAAGUGAUGAACCCAGUGAUCAGUCAGUCAUCUGAUCUCCAUCAUCUCAGGGUCUCACAGAGCUCUCCAUGAGACAUGGUGCUACCUGACAAAACCUCCAGACCAUCUGCCUCCAAGAAGGUCCCCAAGCAGCGGGCCCUGGGGCACCAGAGCCUUCCCUCCCCGGCCCUGUGCUGCGCCUGUGGCCUGUGCAUCAUGCUGGCUGGCAUCAACAUCACCCUGGUGGGAGCCUUUGCCUUUGGCACCUUCGUCCCUACUGGCAACCCCCCCAUCAUCAUCGGGCCUCUCCUUCUAUUGAUAGCCCUGGCCUUCUUCACAGCGUGCUGCGUGGUCAGCAGGAGGCCCCCAGCCCACAUGGCCCGCACGGCCAAAGGAGGCGAGAAGUGGGGGCUGAUGCGAAUGGGGACAGCAGCGUUUGAGAUGGAGACCAGUGAGCACACGCUGCAGGACACCACCGCUGUCCAGCUCAGCCCCACCAACUCCCCCUCCACCUCUCACAAGUCCAGCUCCAGCCACGGGGGUGAUGCUGCUCCUCCGCUUGCUGGCUGCCAGGAUGGAGCCGGUAAGCUGCACGUGUCAGAGAUGUCUGACAUAGGUGUCACUGGAGAUAACACCACCUUGACCUCUGACAGCAAGGCCAUCACUGCCACACAGAUGCUGCCUGCUCUGAACACUUCGUCUACGUAGCGUGGACUCUCCUCUGCAGCCCGGCUGUUUGCUUCAGUGUUUUGAUGUUUACACGAUGGAAAUGUUUAGUGUGAUUGCCAACACUGAUUGGCAUGUUUAAAAAGAAGACUACAGAUAGAAUGACGAGCAGAUUGUCAGAUUCUAAACUGUGAAAACUUCCCUGAUUGUAACUUAUUCGCUGUGUUAUGCUGUUGAAUGUUUAGCUCAGUCCCAGGAUGCACGUUAUAUUCCCACAACACAAACAGUAACAGGAGAUGAUACCUUAAUCCAAGUGCCUGUUUGUAUACUUCUCAUUGUAUUAAACAUCCAGUUAAGACAGAUAAUCCCGCAUUCAUGUGGAUCCACUGUGGUUAGCACUUAUCAACCUACGUUGGGAAAGCAGAUGUCCAGCCAAGCUUUUCUGAGUCAUGAAAGCUGUUCCUGCGUAAGCCUGGUAAAUUUCAGUCACUGUUUUCUCCCCCACACACUUUGACAGAACUGUUAGAAUUUUUGCUUUUAAAUGCUUGCAUCCGCUGCAGUGAGUUGUGUUGUGUCAUGAUGGAUAUUCAAGAACAGUCAGUGAAUGUGUAUGUAAAGUUGUAGCUCCAUAUUUGUCAUGUUACUGCAGAUGUCAAUACAUGUCAGUGGCACCUGUAUGUUUCAAGCUGAAUUGUUAUUUAAGUGUGUUUCUGUUCAAAUAGCUUGGUGAGGAUCUAGAAAUUAACAAUCAGUUAACAGACACAAAACCAUAAAAAGAUACACGACAGUGUGUGUAAGGAAGGUAUAUGGCUUGGAAAGAUAAAUCCUUCGUUAUCUGAGAAAAGCCAGCUGCGGCAGUGCAAACACCUCCUUCCUGACAAGUUGCCCAUCACUUGGCAUCUGACUCAACAGCUGCUGGAAAAGGCCAGAGCCCUGUUUACUCAUCAUUAUACAUCUGCUGUCCACAAACACAGCAAGACACACAGUGUGAUCCCCUGCACACAAGUCAACCACUGGAAAAGAUAACAGAGCAUCCACAGCCUGCUGCUCUUGCCUUAUGAAUGAAUGUUAUUCAUUCAUUAUUAUGUAAUGAAUGGUAUUCUAUGUUAUAUGUUUGCUGUUGUGUCCAUGUAUGUCUCACUAUGGACCCUGAGUCUGAAAU